AUGGCUGGUCAGCUACGCUUCGACGGCCAGGUCGUCGUCGUCACAGGCGCUGGCGGUGGCCUCGGCAAGGCCUAUGCCACCUUCUUUGGCUCCCGCGGCGCCAGCGUCGUCGUGAACGACCUCGGAGGCUCCUUCAAGGGCGAGGGCAACUCAACCAAGGCGGCCGACGUUGUCGUCAACGAGAUCAAGGCUGCCGGUGGCAAGGCCGUGGCUAACUACGAUUCGGUCGAGAACGGUGACAAGAUCAUCGAGACGGCGAUUCAGAACUUUGGUCGCAUCGACGUGCUGAUCAACAAUGCGGGCAUUCUGCGCGAUAUCAGCUUCAAGAACAUGAAGGACGAGGACUGGGACCUGAUUAUGAAGGUGCACGUCAAGGGAUCGUACAAGUGCGCCCGCGCGGCAUGGCCCCAUUUCAGGAAACAAAAGUACGGCCGUGUCAUCAACACGGCCUCGGCUGCCGGUCUCUUUGGCAGCUUCGGCCAGUGCAACUACUCUGCUGCCAAGUUGGCCAUGGUUGGCUUCACCGAGACUUUGGCAAAGGAGGGUGCCAAGUACAACAUCCUGUGCAAUGUCAUUGCACCAAUCGCCGCCAGCAGAAUGACCCAGACUGUGAUGCCGCCCGAUGUGCUGGAGAUCUUGAAGCCCGAAUGGGUCGUCCCCCUCGUCUCCGUCCUCGUACAUAAGGACAACAAGGACGAGAACGGAUCCAUCUUCGAGGUCGGCGGUGGUCACAUUGCCAAGCUGCGUUGGGAGCGGUCCAGCGGUCAACUCCUCAAGGCCGACGACAGCUACACACCCAGCGCCGUUAUCAAGAAGUGGGAUCAGGCCAUCGACUUCUCUAAGCCUCAGUACCCCUCCGGUCCUAAUGACUUCUUGACCCUCCUGGAGGACUCCAUGAAGAUGGGCCCCAACGAACAGGGCGAAAAGGUUGACUUCACCGGCCGUGUGGCUCUCGUCACUGGCGGUGGUGCAGGUAUCGGUCGCGCCUACAGUUUGGCAUUCGCCAAGCACGGCGCCACGGUCGUUGUCAACGACUUGGCCAACCCCGACGAUGUUGUCAACGAAAUCAAGAAGCUUGGCGGCAAGGCUGUUGGCGUCAAGGCCUCAGCAGAAGACGGCGAUGCCGUGGUUAAGGCUGCGAUUGAUGCUUUCGGACGCAUCGACAUCAUCGUCAACAACGCCGGCAUCCUCCGCGACAAGGCUUUCAACAACAUGGAUGACAGCCUCUGGGACCCCGUCCUGAACGUCCACCUCCGCGGUACCUACAAGGUCACCAAGGCUGCCUGGCCGUACUUCCUCAAGCAGAAGUACGGGCGCGUCAUCAACACCACCUCCACCUCUGGCAUCUACGGCAACUUUGGCCAGGCCAACUACGCCGCGGCAAAAUGCGGUAUCCUUGGCUUCUCCCGUGCGCUCGCGCUCGAGGGCUACAAGUACAACAUCUACGUCAACACCAUUGCCCCCAAUGCCGGCACUGCGAUGACAAGAACCAUCAUGCCCGAGGAGAUGGUCCAGGCCUUCAAGCCCGACUACAUUGCGCCCGUCGUCCUCGCCCUCUCCAGCGACAAGGUUCCCAAGAACCCUACUGGCGGCCUCUACGAGGUUGGCAGCGGUUGGGUUGGCCAGACCCGCUGGCAGAGAACCGGCGGCCACGGCUUCCCCGUCGACGUCCCCUUGACCCCCGAGGAGGUUCUCAAGCACUGGGACUCCAUCAGAAACUUCGAGGAUGGUCGCGCCGACCACCCUGAGAAGACCCAGGACGGCCUUCAGAGCAUCAUGGCAAACAUGGAGAACAAGAGCAACAAGUCCAAGGCAAGCUCCGGAGGUGACAGCAAGUAUCUCAACGCCAUCAAGGCUGCGCAGAAUGCUGAGAGCAAGGGGACCGAAUUCCAGUACGAGGAGCGCGACGUGAUGCUCUACAACCUGGGCAUCGGCGCCAAGCGUGACCAGCUCAAGUACGUCUUUGAGGGCGCCGACGACUUCCAGGUCGUGCCGACCUUUGGCGUCAUCCCGCCCUUCAACACGGAGCUGCCGUACAACUUUGACGACAUUGUCCCCAACUUCUCCCCCAUGAUGCUCCUGCACGGCGAGCAGUACCUCGAGAUCAAAAAGUACCCCAUCCCCACCGCCGCCAAGCUCGUGUCCACCGGCAAGCUCCUCGAGGUUGUCGACAAGGGCAACGCCGCCAUUGUCAAGAGCGGCAUCACCACGGUCCACGCCGAGACCAAGGAGCCCGUCUUCUACAACGAGAUGACUGUGUUCCUGCGAGGCUGCGGCGGAUUCGGCGGCCAGAAGAAGCCUGCCGACCGUGGCGCCAGCACGGCGGCGAACAAGCCUCCUUCCCGCCACCCCGACGUCGUCGUCGAGGAGAAGACGACCGAGGAGCAGGCGGCGCUGUACCGUCUGAGCGGUGAUUACAACCCCCUCCACGUCGACCCUGCCUUCGCCAAGAUGGGCGGCUUCAAGGCCCCCAUCCUCCACGGCCUCUGCUUCUUCGGCGUCGCCGGCAAGGCCGUGUACGAGCGCUUCGGCCCCGUCAAGAACAUCAAGGUGCGCUUCGCCGGCACCGUCAUCCCCGGGCAGACGCUCGUGACGGAGAUGUGGAAGGACGGCGGCAAGGUCAUUUUCCAGACAAAGGUCAAGGAGACGGGCAAGCUUGCCAUUGGCGGCGCCGCGGCGGAGCUGGUUGACGACAAGAGCAAGCUCUGA